AUGCGCUUCGAGAAUUGGGACAUCCUGCUCUUUCCGCGGUCGUCUGGCACUCCUCUUCAAGAGUUCCGAACCGAGUGCUAUGGCAUUGUCAAUCCGAUCGGUCUGUGUCCAACACUCAACACUUACCUCCCCUCGCUGCCCUGUGGAACGCCUUUCAAGAUCUCCCUUCACUCUUGGACCAAGCCAAUUCUGUCCUCGCCCAAGUUUGUGAGGGGCCACCAAGUCGUUCUGGGAAUGCACGUCGCCAUCGACGGAAAGACAGUCGCAGUUCAGAGGAUCAACCCAGAUGGCAACUUCCCACACCAAGUCCUCAACACGCCAACCAGCCAAUUGCUCUUUCCUCCUUUUCGUCGAGCCAUGCGCAAUCAACUCCAACUUCACAUUGCCGACAAUGUUGGCCGCAUCACUGUCGGUCUGUCCGAGGGAUACUUCUACGUGGCUAAUGGUACCGGCAAACCUCACUUCUGUCCCGUAAAGGACAUUGUCAACUUCAAAUGGAUCCAUGCUCCUCAGGACCUUCUUCGCAAGGCAGGUAUUGCCUGGCCUAAUGCUACGCUCUUCAACAAGCCACAGGACGCCUCCACAUACAAUCAUCUGCCUCAUAUGUCCUAUCCCGUCGAAAAGCCUGGCAGUGAAUUCGUCUGUCCUACUAUGGGUACCUCUGGCAUGGUUGAACCGUUCACAUACACGUCUGUCGACACUCAGGCGGCCGACCAGAUGGUCACAGACACGAGUCAUAUCGAUCUCAGCGAUCUGACUACAGACUACUUUUCAGACUACACCUUCGGAGCUUCUCUAUCAGAUUCCAUUCAUGCGCCUCCUCAUCUGCAGACAGCAAAAAUGUCCAGCGAUCAAGUCAAAGAGAUUGCCAAUGCUAUCGUUCCCGGAUUGAUCGAACGUGGCGUGAGCAUGCUCGACGGCUCUUCAGACACGAGAAACAUAUCCGACAUCAGCAUGCACACAGCGUGCGAUCAGUAUCCUGCCUGCGUUAUGGACGCUUGCGAUGGCAAGAAUGUGCUGCACAUGCCUCUGAAACCAGUCUCGGGUCCCGCACACGUCCCCAGAGGUCGCAAGCGGAUCGGGUCCGUCCACGAGCACUACCCUGCGAAGAACACCCGUAUCAGUAUCAUUCCCGACGAACAGAUGCUACGCUUGAGCAUGGAUAGUUGA